AUGCCGCAAUUCGCCGACGACGCGUUUGGCACGGUGGUGGACAAGGGCACGCUGGACGCCGUGCUGUGCAGCGGCACCGGGCUCGGCGACGUGCGGUGCUAUGUGUCAGAGACGCACCGCGUGCUGUCGCCGGGUGGCGUGUUCCUGCUCAUCAGCCUUGGCCAGCCAGAGACACGCCUCAGUGUCCUCCGCGCGCAGCCGCGCAAACGGCGGCCCUCUAGCGCGGACGGCGCGGUCGCGCCGCCGCCGGUCGGCGCUGCUGCCUUAGGACUGCCUCAGGUGCCGCCGCCGUCGACGCUGUCUGCCCGGCUUGCCGCGCGUGUCGCGGCCGCCGCAGAGACGGCCGCCGCGUCGCCGGCUGCACUCGCCAACUGCGCUGGCGCCGGGCGUCGUGAGGUGCGGUGGGCGCGUGUGUCGGUCUACCUGCUGCCCAAGCCCAGCCUGUACCUGCGGAGCGAGGCGGCCCUGCUCGGGCGCCAGCUGCCCGGCCUGGCGGCAGGGGGCGCGCCGCCGCUGCCCGUUGGCAAGGACGAGCCCAGUGCCUGGCUGGGGCCCUACGAGGUGGGCCCCGAGCUGCAGGAGGCUCUGGCCGCGCCGGGCCUCGACCCCCGCGACUACUUUUAUGCCUACGCCUGCGUCAAGGCUGGCGCGGGCUGCGCACGCCGCUCGUCCAGCCAGGGCCUCGCAACAGAGCAGGGCCCGGUGGCAGGCGCCGCUGCGCUCGUCGCUGCGGCGUGCACGGGCGCGGCGGCCCCGGACCUGCCGCCGGUGCAGCGCGCGGCGUCCAUCGCGGCGGCGCUGUGCCACUCGGCGUCGUUCACCGAGUCUGGCGCUGGCGGCGGCGCGAGUGGCUCCAGGCUCAAUGCGCAGCCGCGGCCUGCUGCGGACGCGGCCGAGGUUCUAAGGCUUGCGUGA